AUGUUCAGCAAGCCAAGAAUCCCAGGAGGGCUACAAUCAGCUCUCAAAAAAGGACAUCUUUCUGAUGUUCAAAAGUACCUUGAUGCAGGGAUUAGUCCCAACCUCUGUGACAAGGAGAACAAGCAGAGUCAAGAGAGACCACUGCUGGUAUUUGCUGCUAUCAAUGAUCAUAUACACAUCAUUGAGCUCCUUCUAAAAUAUGGCGCCAAAGUUGAUAAGAUUGACACUCAUGGCCGAACUGCACUCUCCUGGGCAGCUGAGUAUGGUGCACUUGAUGCUUUGAAGCUACUUAUUGAACAUGGUGCAAACAUAAAUGCCGAAGACAAAGAGUGGACAACGCCACUUGCAUGGGUAGCUCACGCAGGCACAGGGGAUACACAGGCAGUGCAUGACUAUCUUAUAUCUAACGGAGCUAAGAUAGGAAUGCAUCACUCAUUUUUGGAAAUAUUGAAGCAUUCGCUUGCCGCAAAGUGCAACUGGGCACUGUUUAGACUGAAAGGCAGAUUUUGA